UGCGUUCUGACGAUUGUUGGUGAAGUUUUUCAACAAAAAAUCCUCAAAUUGUGAUCAUCAAAUAAAAUCACCGUGAGAAACUUCACAGCUAGCGCGUUCUUGCUUUCGAUAAUGCGCCAGAAACGCUAGGCUUUAGUUUCUACGUGAUAAUCGUCAGUGACAAAUUUUGAUAAACGCCAUCGGCGAAAUCGUUUAAAAAUCGAUAACAGAAAGGAGCCCGAAUGAUGGAGAAUGGUUACGAUGUAUCGAAUACGGCUCCUCUUCCGCCGGAGAAUAAUUUUGAUAAUGUAGAGCUUACUUCUCCGCCGUUACCACCUACUCCAACUACGAUGCUAGAAAGCAGCAGCAUGCCAAGUCCUGAGGACCGACGACUUGUUGGCGAAUGUCCAUUUGCUAAACGGAGAAAAAUGAAUGAAUUCUUUGAGGAUGAUUAUGACGACGACGAUGAUAAUGUUUCUGUCGGAAAUUGCAAUCAAAUUCAAUCUGAAGGGAUUGCAAAACUUCGAGAAGGAUUCACAGAAAAUUUGAAGCAGUUUCAAGUGUUGGAUGAAGUUCAAGGUGAUAAUUCGGAUGAUGAUGAAAAUGGUGACGACCUACAAGGAGACGAAGAGGAUGACAACAGUGAAGAGGGAUCGGAAUUCGAUUGCGAGGAGAUUGAGACUAUGCUUGAUGAAGGACUGCCGGAAGGAAUGAAAGCUACUGGUCCGAAAGCAAAGGCAUAUGAAGAACGUUUCAAAGAAGUUUUGGAAGAAAAGGGAAGAAAUCAUUUUGAAGUACUACCUGAGGGAUGGGUCCAAGCAACUCACAUCAGUGGGAUGCCGCUGUUUCUUCAUACUGCUUCUCGAGUAUGUACAGCAUCAAGGCCGUACUUUUUAGGUCCUGGAAGUGUUAGGAAACAUGAAGUACCGUUAAGUGCCAUACCUUGCUUGAAUUACCGGAAAGCAUUGGAGAAAGAGGAUGAGCUGCGUAAAGAAAUAGAGGCUAAUGCAGCGGCAGCCGCAGAAGAAGCUGAAAAGUGCACAGCCAAUGAACAAAAUCCCCAGCCUCAAGAAAAACAAAUGCACAAUCCUCAGUUAAGUAAAAUGAUUGCCAGUACCACGACAACUGCAGAGGCUCAAGCCAACGCAAAAAUGCUACCACUCAAAGUGACUGCCAGAAUUGAAACUGUCAACGAUAACCUAAAGGCUCACUCGUUAACGGCAGAUUCAUUUCAAGAAUACUGUAAAAAAUUAUUUAAAUUCAAAACAAUUCGUGUGAUGCGGUUUAAGUCGUGGGCUGCUCGUCGGAAACUCACGAAACAUCGCAAGCAUAUGAAGAACCUGCAGAGGCCCACCUUACCGGAUGGCACGAAACUAAUUACAUUCCCGGUGCUACACAACGAGGGUGAAAAGGGUAAUGUUCAUGCUCGACCGAAAAAGGAAUGGAUUAUGAAUCCAAAUGGAAAAAGUUACGUUUGUAUUCUUCACGAAUACGUGCAGCAUGCACUCCGGAAGCAGCCGAGCUACGAAUUCAAAGAACUAGAAAACGCUGCCACUCCCUACUCGGCGACGGUUUCAAUCAACGAUCUCAAGUACGGUACUGGUUAUGGGACAAGCAAAAAGCAGGCCAAAAGUGAAGCUGCUCGUGAGACGCUGGAAAUUCUAAUUCCUGACAUGAAAGAUAAAAUUACCAACAAAGACAACAAAAAAGACCAAAACGGAUCAAUCGAACAGCAACCGGAGGCUCGCAAUCUUUCCGUAUUUGAUGAAAUCAAGAUCGAAGACCCGAGGGUCGCUGAAUUUUGUGCCAAAACUACCGAACCCUCUCCGCACACAAUUCUGCAAACCUGUCUGCAGCGAAACUUUGGACUCGGCGACGUACAGAUUCAGUACGACGUCAAGGCAGGCAAACAUCGUAAAAAUGAGUUCACCAUGACCGUCGGAAAGCACACCGCGACGGUGGUGUGCAAAAACAAACGAGAUGGGAAGCAAAAGGCAUCCCAGGCGAUUCUGCAGAUUCUUCACCCGCACAUUAAAACCUGGGGUUCGCUGUUGCGAUUAUAUGGCAACCAUUCCAUCAAAUCGUACAAGGAGAAGAAACAAGAAGAGCAGGAGAUCACCGUACUGCAGAGUAAGGCAGCCAUCAACCAACCGAACUACGCUAUUCUCAGCAAGCUGAAGCUAGAAAUGUCAAAACUAGAGCAACGACAAAAAAAUGUGCGAGUUAUCGGAACUUUCGUGCCAGAUGUAGAUCUUCCAACAUCCUCCGGUUCGAACCUGAAAAAUGUCGAUCUCUAGGGUAGUGAACGCGCAACAAUGGCAGUAACAACACUUUAGACACCUUACCUACGCUUAACUGUACUUCAUCCAAUGACUAUCAUUAUGGUUUACGUGCGGUCUCCUGUGGAGUCCUGUGAACGAUUUUAACAAUUAUGAGUUUGAGUCUAAGAAUUUGUUUUAUUUUCGGAUCG